AUGGUAUACCAAGUUCAGCUCGUGCUUCUUUACAAGGUUGGUCUGGAGCUGAAAUAGUUCAUUUUUCUAUUAAAAAAAACAAACGAUUUUCUACAGAUACUCAUCAUAAUUUUGGCAAUUUGCCACGUCAUAAUUGGAAUAGUUGCCGCAACUCAAGGUUUCCGCGAAGAGCAACUAAUUCGUCAACUUCAACUCCCCAAAUAUUUCGAUGAUUCACAAUAUAUCGAAGAAAAUACAAUUCUGCAAUCCUCAUAUUUUCCAUUUAUUCUCGCAAUUUCUCAUAUAUUUUUCCUGGCUUUACCUAUUUUUAUAAUGCCAUUCUUCAACAUUUUAUUAUCAAUUAUUUCCUGUAUCAGUUUUUCGAACACAAUUUCGGAAAUUGUGAGAAUCGAGAACAACUUUGCUGAAUGGUUUGAUAAAAAACAUAAUGGAGAUCAUACAUUUGAAAGUUUAUUUUUGAUGGAUCUUUUCAAGGAAUUGAAAAGUAUAUUUGAUGUUAAUUUUGGUGUGAUGAUUGGUGGAAUGAUCGCAUUGAUUUUGACAAUUUUGGUGAAUUUUUGGCUGAUUUAGUGAGUUUUUUUUUUGAGAGCUGAGUUUUGAAAAAGAAAUGAAAAUUUUAAUUUUUAGCUGGUAUCGCCCACGAAUUCACAAAUCGCUAUCAAAAGAAAAUGCUUAUGUUAUUUCAGAAGAAUAA